AUGAUAGAGCUUCCAAAAAUUGAAAGAAAUGUGAAUAAUACGCAAGAUCUGUGCAAAUGCCGUCCCAUUUGCAAGAGUCGAAGACGAGAGUGGAAAGGUCAGGUUCAGCAAACUUCAGCCGAAUUGUUACUUGAAAGCAAGCCGAAGGUUGAUUGUUUACGGAGAUGGCCGAAAUUAUCACCGGACAGUCCUUGUCCUCUAUCCGGGCGGACUCGUGUUGCUAUGAAGCAGGCUGUCACCAGGAGACCAGAGAUAGUGAGGAUAUGUGAGGCUCCUAUAGACAGUACAGCCGAUACAACCUAUCUACAGCACUUGGAGAUGGCUAGGAAAAUAGGCGCAUUACGCACAGUCAAAAUGUGUUGUGCGUUCUGCAGAUGCGGGGCCUGUUGUCCAUGCACCGCCAGCGAGUAUGCACCCCGGGACGCCGAGAGGACCAACCAGCGAUUGUCUGACAUGCGCAGUUUUGACAUGCGCGUCAAAACAGAUAGCUUGCAAAUGCGUAUCAUGUAUAAUUAA